AUGGCGAAGAUCACUACAUUACUCUCGGCCGUCUUCUUGGCCAUUGGAGGCUUCUUGUUCGGCUAUGAUAGUGGUAUCAUCACUUCUACGAUUGGGCAGACAGAAUUCAUCAAAUAUUUCUCCAAUCCUAGCGACAAUACUACCGGCGGCGUGGUCUCAGCAUUUCAAGGCGGUGCAAUCCUAGGAACUAUCAUCAAUGUCUUUACCGGUGACCGUCUUGGCCGCAAGCUCUCUGUGUUUGCAGGGGCGUGCAUAUCGUGCUUUGGAUGUGCGCUACAAGCUGGCUCGAUCAAUAUGGUGAUGCUCAUCAUUGGUCGAUUCAUAGCUGGCGUCGCAGUUGGUAUGCUCACUUCCGUGGUUCCAAUGUAUGCUGGUGAAAUGGCAGAGGCUUCCACUCGUGGCAUGAUGUCCGGUCUGUUGCAAUGGAUGCUGAGUUGGGGAUAUCUUAUUGCCCAAUGGCUUGGUUACGGGUGUUCAUUCACAAACUCCCCAUUCCAAUGGCGCUUUCCCCUUGCAUUCCAAUGCAUUCCGGGUCUCAUUCUUGCUUCGGGCGUCUGGUUCUUGAACGAGUCGCCUCGUUGGUUAAUGGAGAAAGACCGCCAUGAUGAAGCUCUUGAAACUCUUAAAAGGCUCCAUGGUGAUGGAACCGCUGAGAAAGACCAAUAUAUUGAGCUUGAGUUCCAAGAAAUUCGCGAUGCUAUCGAGUCAGAGCGUGCAUCAACCCAGAUCAAUUGGACCUCGAUCAUCACGAAGCCUUCGUGGCGCCGUCGCCUUAUUCUCGGCUGCGCUGUCCAGGCAUUUGGCCCGUUGUCUGGUAUCAAUGUCAUCAACUACUAUGGGACUCGAAUUUAUGCUUCCUUGGGCAUUGACACCCAAACGUCGCUCAUGAUCAUUGGUAUCUCCGGUGCAUUGUCGAUCGUCUACUGCACCGGUGGUCUCUGGGCAUUAGAAAGAGUUGGUCGCAUCAAGCCUCUUAUCAUCGGUUCUGCGGGCAUGGGACUCGCGCUAGUCGUUAAUGCUGCGAUGUCACAACACUACGAUGAGCAGAACAGCAAUCAGUUGCGUGCCAUGGUUGCUAUGAACUUUGUCUUCAGCUUCUUUUACACGUUCAUCGGAAUCAUUUCCUGGGUUUAUCCCGCGGAGAUUUUUCCCGUGGAUAUUCGCAAUCAGGGAAAUUCUGUCACUACAUUCACCAACUGGACUAUCAACCUCGUCUUUGCCCAAUUCUCCCCGACUGCUCUUACCAAUAUCGGCUUCCGCUAUUUCUACGUCUUCUUCGUCUUUAAUCUGAUCGCAAUGAUCAGCUACAUCUUUUUCUUCCCGGAGACUAAAGGCAAGACGCUCGAGCAAAUGGACAUGCUCUUUGGGGACCAUAAUGAACCAACGACGGGGGAGAAAACACAAGAGGUGGUUGUGGAGCAUGCAGAGUAG